UUUACAGAGUUCCGCUGACAGUAAACAACCAAUGUUGUUCCCCCCUGCACAGCCAGUAUCUGACAUCGACCAGCAGCUACCGGACCAGAACAGCUCACAUAUUCGCUGCUGCUUCACCGGCUCAGCAAACACUUCAGCAGUUCCGAAACGGUUAUUAAAAGAGACUGAAUGAGUAGAUAGCCAGCUCAGCUCACCUGUCAGCGCUGCGGUGAUGAUGGAGGACAUCGAGGAGCUCUCGCCACUGCGGAUCACCUCCACAGUGCGAGCCCUCAGUUCUGCACUGCGAGGGAAGCGCGAACACGUCCACGGCCCAAGCAAUGGAAAGGGAGACAGGUUGUGUCCCGAACCGGAGAAGCUCUGGUUCAAGGAGAGCAGCGCCAAAAACCUGCGGAACAGGGACUUCUUGUCGCCGAGCACGAUGCUAAACACGCUGUAUGCUGACGGACAGGUUCCUCCAGCUGUGAUGGCCAGAGUCCUGUCGCUCCGUGGCAGUGGGGUUCUCCCUGUGGCAGGUGGGGAGGUGAUGGGUGAGGGCCUGAGGCUGCGAGUGGACCGGGUCGCAGCCUUCAGGUCUGUCCUUGCAGGGGGAAUCAGCGAGUAUCUGAAGCCCUUGAAUCAGAGGAAGGGAUGCGUGGUGCUUAACUGUCCCGCGCUGCACCCUAAACCCAACACACCCACUCCGGACACUCUGAGUCUGGGCCAGCUGAGAACGGUUCUGCAGGCUGACCACAUGGGGGCGCUGCUCAGGAGACAAGGAUUUGAAGUUUACUUCUGCCCAACUCUUCCCGAAGACAGCGAUGUGGCCAGCUUCCUCCAUGCUCUUGGCAUUGAUUGGCCCACAGCUCAAGCUAACUGGACAAAUGAUGAGCGAGAGGAGAAGAUCCAGAAAGCGCUAGAGAGCUCUCCUUACAGAGAGAGCGGAACGGAAAGAGGCAGGAGGACCAGCGGAGGAGGAGGUAGAAAGGCUGCAGAGGAGGAGGAGGAGAACGAAGGAGGGCUCAGGAUUAAUUUAAAACGGGUUUUCCAGGAGGAGGGACUGCUUGGAUACGACCCCACUCUUGGCACCUGCAAAGUUCACAGAGACAGUGUUUCCCACCUGGCUCAGCUUGAUCUGUCCACAGCUGACAUCACAGAAACCAUGGUAACAGUGCUACAUGUGACUUCUUGUCAGGAUGAGUUUCGCCAGCAGCAGAUAGCGGUGCUCUGGAGAGCCAGUGGAGCGACGCACAGUCAGAGACAUCUUGUGUGUGGGCCUGUGAAGACCCCCGGUUCUCACCUCACUGCUGCACAGUAUCUGCAGCUUAGAAAAGGUCAGAUGAAGGAGGCCUCCGAGAUGAAGUAUGGAGAUAAAGUAGAGGGUCAGACCUGGGAUGACAUCAUCAAGGUCAUGACCUCUGCCACCAUCCGAUUCGAGUUGCUGUCAACUGUUCACACAAGUCCUGUGACGCUGGACGUCCAGAGGGAAGGAGGCGUGUCGACCAAAGGGCCAAGAGGAGGCGUGUUUGUGAUGUAUAACUGCGCACGACUGCACACCCUGUUCGACAGUUAUGAGCGAGGAGUGGAGAAGGGUUUGUACCCAGAAAUCCCUGAUGGCUCCAAGCUCGACUUCUCUGCUCUCAAAGAAGAGGGUGAGUGGCUUUUGCUCUUCAAUUACCUCAUUCCUUUCUCUGAGCUGCUCGACCAAUCAGGACAAGCGUUAGAUUGUGAAGGGGGAGGGGCCAGAGUUAAUAUUAAAACAGAACAGAUCUGCAAGUUUCUGGUCUCGCUCAGUAAAGACUUUAGUUCGUACUACAACAGAGUCCAUGUGCUUGGGGAACCGUUGCCUCACCUUUUCAACCAGAUGUUCUGUCGUCUCCAUCUUCUACAGGCCUUGAGGGAGCUCUACCACAGUGCUCUGGAGACCCUCAACCUGCCCCCCAUCAGGCAACUAUAGCCUCAACAUAAUCCCCUCAUCCCUCCCUGUUAGCCUCACCCACCCUUUCCCUAAACUCUUGUCUGUUAGUUGUGUAUCUAGCUGAGACACAGUGUUACAGAUGAUAUAAUAUUUCUACACCGCUCCCUCCCAGUGUUGGUGGACAUUCUGGAACUGAAUAUUUUAUAAGAUGCUUGUUAAAUUAAAGAUGGACAGUAUUAAAGGGAUAAUUUGGGAUUUUGUCUUGGACAAUGGGUGUGGGCGUAGCAAAAGGUUCUGCCUUUAGGAAGCAUCCCAUUCAUUUCAUUCCAACCCCCCUGCUUCUCUUAAAUUUCAAGGAAGUUGAUUUUGCCAGACUCUUAUGUCCUAAUGAGAAACCGACCAAUCAGAAAUGUCAGUUUUCCUUCAUCGCUUUACAUCAGCACACCUAGAAUCAGAACACUGACACAAGAACGGACCAAGCUGCAGUCAGUCAUUUUGUUUUCAUGUCCAAACCUGUUGUGCACAGCUCUCACACAGCAAUCAAUAACACAUGGAACUGAAAAGCUCUGCUUUAUUAUUUGUGCCAAAAUCAUGGAGUAAUAUGAGUCUCCUAACCAAUGGGCAGAAAGAUGUAACUCAAAAAUGUCUCAGUGUAUGCUUUUUGACCAACACGGACUUUGAUCAGAGAAGUUUUGUCUAUUUUAGGAUGGAUUUGAUCAAAGUGACGGGUUGAUACCGGUGGAAGUUCUUAUUUGCUUUAGAGAAGAAGUGAGAAUCAGAUUUGACAGCCUAACACUGGACUAACAAAACCUAACCUCCGGCAGUCAGCUGCGCCGUUUUCUUUUUGUAAACCUGCAGUAUAUAAAAAGUUUUUGUUUGUAUUUUGUCUGACAUUAUUGAUUUUUCAGGUGUUGCCAUGAUGCCAAUAAAACAAAAACCGUAGCUUUUCUGAAAUGCCAAGUCAGACCUACACCCGCCUUUAAAUGAUUUCAGUUAAAUGAAUCAGAUUUUAAAUACAGGGUGAUUCAGCAUAAAGAGCACUCUGCAUUUACUCAGUGCAUCUAAUCGUGCCAGUUCUAUAAAAAGCCUUAAAAUUAAUAUUUUAUGGUAUACUGUAGGGUAAGCUGUGAGUUCCUGCAUGUAUAGGUAGCACCAUCUGAGGAUGAGGCCCUUUUCUCUUUUACACAAGGUAAGAAAAAGAAGCAAGUUUUAAUGCAAGUUGAUCUUCGUGUGAGGACAUGCAGUCUUAUCAUCAGUCAAAGGCAGUGAUUUGAAGGGUUAAAACAGUUGGAACUAAAAACCAACAUGCUAGACCAGGGCUAAGUUUAUCUUACCUCCAGAACACAAUGGGGUGAACCAUGAGGAAGGUUUCCUGGACCUUCAAAUCUGAGUCAAAAACUAAAGUCAUGGUAACACUAACACAGGAGAUGAUAAUUGUCUAAGAGUUAACGGGAAAAGAAAACAAAUCGACAUUAACUUCUCUUCUCCAGAACUAAAACAUUUCUUCUACUGGUUGAAACAUUAAUUGCUCUCUGCCUCUUCACAUCACCUCCCCACUGCUCUAUGCCCAACGGAGGUUUGCGGUUCAUUCAUGUUUACUACUGUGUAUUCGUUCCUGACACUGAAAUAUUUAUUGUCGCUUUAAAAAAAAAAGAAUAGCUAUGUGUUGGUUGUGUAUGUUAUGCACACACGUCUUAAUCAAGUUGUGUUUAUGCAGUGAACCCUUCAUCAGAUCCAAUUUAUUCCAGUGGACAAAUCACAGCUGUUAGUAUUAUACUGUAGAGUUUUAAGCAAAAGCCUUAGAAGAUAUUAGGUCUUUGUGCCACAAAGUUGAAAAGAACAUAUAAACUAGCAUGAAAUUUAAACAUUAAAAUCCUAUUUAUAGAAUUGUGAAGGGAAGCUGUGAUUGUUAAUGUUUCCUUCAUUUAUUGUCUUAAUGUUCCACCAAUUAUUUCAUUGUCUGCUCGAUGGUUUUAAACAUAUGUUCAGUUGGUGUACUGUAAACAAAUCUAAAAAGUAUCAAAAACUUUUCAAAGCAUGACUGUUUGAUUCUAUGUAUUGAACGUCUAUAUUUUAUGGACCUCUUUUGCUUAAAGAUUGAAGAUCCUAUUUAUGCCCCUGUAAUUGCAACAGUAUUAAAGCAGAG